AUGCUAAAAAGAUUUGUUGAGCUUGAAAAUGCUAUUCGUGCUACCUUAGUUUUCACUGAUAGUCGUUUACCCAUAAUCACUACCGAAGAUUGGACUUUAUACUCACAAUUGUGUCAAAUAUUAAGACCAUUUGAAGAGAUCACCAAAUCUAUGAGCGGGGAGAAAUAUGUAUCUGGAAGUUCCGUAAUCGUUGUCACACGAUGCCUUAAAGAAGCAUGUGAAAAAAUUACAAGCAGAACGGAUUUGCUAUCUGCCGUUACAGACGUUGCCUUGACAUUAAGGUCCGGAUUAAUAGACCGUUUCGGAAUAAUUGAACAAAGUGGCACCUUUUCAUUGUGCACUUUUAUGGACCCCCGCUUCAAAACACAAGGUUUUUGUGAUCAAAAUGAAGCAAAUAAAACAAAAGUAAGAGUUAGGAAAAUGGUUGCUGCAUUGAUCGCAAAAACAACAAACACCACACCAUCUUCAGUUUUGACAGUAACUGACGACUUAAACAAAAGUAAUGACGAUUUAAACCCGUGGAAUAUUUUCGACCAAAUGAUUGCGAGUACUACAACACAGGGAACGCCACUGUCAAAGGCAAUAAAGGAGGUAGAUAUGUACCUAGCGGACGAACUUUUACCUCGGAAAGACCAACAAGGAAAUUUAAACAGCCCUCUCGAAUGGUGGAAAAAUCGCCAAUUUGUUUAUCCUCACCUAAAACAAAUAUUUGUUACCCACUGUAACAUAGUGGCUACAUCUGUUCCUUGUGAACGGAUUUUCUCCAAAACUGGUCUUAUUAUAAAUCAAAGACGAACAAGGCUGACUACAAGCAAAGUGGAACAAAUCAUGUUCCUGAACAUAAAUUCGCCUGAAGACCGGUUCAAGGGCUAUGAAUAAAAUGUAAAAUAAAAAAACAAUCCGAAUGUACAUAAAAUUAUCAAAAACAACAUAAAAAUUAAAA